UCUGAAGAUGUCACGGGCGGCGAGCGCAGCAGCCAUUACACAGCGCAUUUAUGAAGAAGGUCGGAAGCGCGACGAGUCAACGGAAAAUUCACAGACUGCGGAUACCUUCUAAAGACAUCUACCAGUUACCACCAAAUAUAGAUUAAAAAAAUCACGCGAUUUCGUGUUUAAAGAGCUGUUAUCCGAGGUUAACAGCGGUGUUUGGCUGUGUUUUGCGUCGGCCCGGCGCAGCGCGUGAGUGUGGCAGCGCGCUCGCUGCUCGUUUAAUUAACGAAGAAUCUGUGAGGAUUACCGUUAACGCGGGAUCGUGCCGGUGAUGGAUGAAAAAGCGUUCACGAAAGAUUUAGACCAAUGGAUAGAACAGCUGAAUGAGUGCAAACAGCUGACCGAGAACCAAGUGAGAACACUCUGCGAGAAGGCUAAAGAGAUUCUCACUAAAGAGUCAAAUGUGCAAGAGGUGCGCUGCCCGGUCACAGUGUGUGGAGAUGUGCACGGCCAGUUUCAUGACCUAAUGGAGCUCUUCAAAAUUGGAGGGAAGUCACCUGACACUAACUACCUGUUUAUGGGUGACUAUGUAGACAGAGGAUAUUAUUCCGUGGAAACAGUCUCACUUCUUGUUGCACUAAAGGUUCGCUAUCCAGAACGCAUCACGAUAUUGCGGGGAAACCAUGAGAGCAGACAGAUCACACAGGUGUACGGUUUCUAUGAUGAGUGCUUGAGGAAAUACGGCAACGCAAACGUCUGGAAAUAUUUCACAGACCUCUUUGACUACCUACCCCUCACAGCUCUGGUGGAUGGGCAGAUCUUCUGUCUGCACGGUGGCCUCUCUCCAUCUAUAGAUACGCUGGAUCACAUUCGUGCACUGGAUCGUCUGCAGGAGGUGCCACAUGAGGGACCCAUGUGUGAUCUGCUGUGGUCAGACCCUGAUGAUCGCGGUGGCUGGGGAAUCUCUCCUCGUGGAGCUGGUUACACAUUUGGACAGGACAUUUCUGAGACCUUCAACCAUGCUAAUGGCCUCACGCUGGUGUCCCGCGCUCAUCAGCUGGUCAUGGAGGGAUACAACUGGUGUCAUGAUAGGAACGUUGUCACUAUCUUCAGUGCGCCAAACUACUGCUAUCGCUGUGGCAACCAGGCAGCUAUUAUGGAACUGGACGAUACUCUUAAAUAUUCGUUCCUUCAGUUUGAUCCAGCUCCUCGACGUGGAGAACCUCACGUCACCCGCCGCACCCCCGACUACUUCCUAUAAGCGAGCAUGAAAGAGCUCUGAAGCAAGCAGAAAAUUAUGACAAAUCCAAACGUAACAUCUGUUCAUCCAUUGUAUAUAAAAUGUUCAGACACGACAACACUAACAUGGACCAAAAUGUGCCAUUCAAGCAUUUAAUGCCCAAAUCAAAUCGCUCUGUCUCAGUACUGCUACAAAGUGUCUCAUUUUAGCCUAUAGUUCAAAUUGCCUGCUGUAUACAAUAUGUAUAGAUGUUCCCUUCAUUCUGCAAUUGUAAAUUAUUCUGAAGUAAAAAAAAAAAAUAAAAAAAAAUUGUGAGUAGCUUUCUUUCUCACUGUUUCACUGGAUAAAAAAAAAAGUCCUUUAAGUUGGCAAUGCUAGGCAUGUGAAAAACAGUAACGUUUUCUACAAGUGCACAAGCUGACAUCCUUUCCUGUAUCUUCACAAAAAAAAUAAAUCCUAUUGGGAAGGAAUGUUAAAACCGGAAAAUGUGCCUCUUCUGUUCUGGGAGCAUACACACGUGUAUAUGGACUUUAUCUGAUUGUUCCUCUUUGUCUGAUCUUACCAUUUAAUUUUCUUAUGCGUUACCUGUCUUCUGUGUAUUUGUUAAUAAGUGUUUGAAGUAAUAAACUACUUUUAAUCACAAGCUACUCCAAAGCUA